GGGCCGGGAGCGCAUGCGCGAUGCGGCGCGUGAGGCCGCCGGGGGCCGGGCAGCGGGAGGGAGGAACAAAGAUGGCGGCGGGUGCUGCAGGAGUUGUUGCCAUGGCGUCCUGCAGGAGGGCCCUCGCCGACGGGACUCUCCGGCCCGUCAGUCGCCUUGGAGGGAUGUGAGCCCAGAGCUGGCGGGGAGGAGACGCUCGCGGCGUGAGAGAGGGUUCCCCUCUCCGUUGCCUCCACGAUGCCCCAAGCCUCCGAACACCGCGUCAGCCGGGCCAGAGAGCAAGCGGUGGUCACGUCGCAGCCCAAGGCCGCCUCCAAGCUGCCCAACGGACACCGGGCCUUGAGCCAGGAGCGCCAUGCCUCCGCCCUGGCCUCCUCCGCCGUCGCCAACGGCCUCUCUCCGGCCCCCAAGCUUCGCCUGCUGCCGCCGCGGCCCGGCGCGCUCGACGACCGGGGCAAGAAGCUGGAGCUCGAGCGGGGCCGGGCCUCGAAACGCGGCGAGGCGCUCCGCGGCUCGGUGUCGCGCCGAGGGCCCGUGAAGGCGGACCACGCGGUGCGGGUGCCCAGCUCGCCGCAGGCGGGCGCCAUGUCGGGCAGCGCCUCCUUCUCCUUGCCCGCCGGGGCGUCGCUGGCGGGGCGCGAGGCGGAGCGCCGCCGGAGCAACCUGGCCCGCUCCAAAUCCAUCAGCAUCGGCGACCUGAGCCAGAGCGGCGGCCGGGCCGAGGACGUGACGGCGGUGCUGAGCCGCCUGGUGCUGAGGGACUGCGGCCACCAGCUCAGCGUGGGCUCGCUGGCUCUCAAGAGAAGCUCCUCGCUCCGAAGGGUCAACGUGGCUCCGGGGCUGGACGGGAAGCCCGUGGCCCCGCUGCUCUCCGUCCGGCCCGAGGGUUGCCCGAGGACUCAUGGCCCCGAUCCCCCGUACCCCCACGGCCAGGACGUCUCGGCGCACGGCAGCCCACCUCUGAGCAGAGCCUCAGCACCCAGCAGGCCUGAGGAGAAGGCGUCAGCUACCCAUCACACCCUUCUCCUGGGCUCCGGCCACAUCGGACUCAGGAAUCUGGGCAACACGUGCUUCAUGAACGCCGUGCUGCAGUGCCUGAGCAGCACCAAGCCGCUGCGGGACUACUGCCUGCGCAAGGAGUUUCACCAGGAGCAGCCCGGCGGCCCCCGGGCCCAGCAGGAGCUCACCGAAGCCUUCGCGGACGUCAUCACCGCCCUGUGGCACCCGGACUCCACGGAGGCCGUGAACCCCGGGCGCUUCAAGGCCAUCUUCCAGAAAUACGUCCCGUCCUUCACAGGCUACAGCCAGCAGGACGCACAGGAGUUCCUCAAGUUCUUCAUGGACCGGCUGCACGUGGAGAUCAACCGGAAGGGCCGCAAGACGCCCAGCAUCCUCUCGGACGCCAAGCGGCCCUCCGUGCUGGAGGACUCGGACCUGCUGAGUGACGACGAGCGCGCCAACCAGAUGUGGAAGCGAUACCUGGAGAGGGAGGACAGCAAGAUCGUGGAUCUUUUCGUGGGACAGCUGAAGAGCUGCCUCAAGUGUCAGGCCUGUGGCUACCGCUCCACCACCUUCGAAGUGUUUUGCGAUCUCUCCCUGCCCAUCCCAAAGAAGGGCUUUGCUGGUGGGAAGGUCUCUCUCCAUGACUGCUUUAGCCUUUUCACCAAGGAGGAGGAGCUGGACUCGGAAAACGCCCCGGUCUGCGACAAGUGCCGGCAGAGGACGCGGAGCACCAAGAAGCUCACCAUCCAGCGCUUCCCCCGCAUCCUGGUGCUUCACCUGAACAGGUUCUCCACCACCCGCUACUCCAUCAAGAAAUGCUCCGUUUUCGUGGACUUCCCCCUGCAGCAGCUCAACCUGAAGGAAUUCGCCAGCGAGAAGGCAGGCAGCCCCGUGUACAGCCUGUACGCGCUGUGCAACCACUCGGGCAGCGUGCACUACGGCCACUACACCGCCUUCUGCAGGGACCAGGCCGGCUGGCGGGUCUACAACGACUCCCGCGUGUCGCCCAUCAGCGAGAACCAGGUGCCGUCCAGCGAGGGCUACGUCCUCUUCUACGAGCUCGACGAGCCCCGCUGGAAGAAGCAGUGAGAUGGCGGAGCCGGCGGCUCACUGCCACCCUCUUACCUCAGCCAGGGCGGCGGGGGCCACGGGGGGGGGGGGGGUGCAGUCGGUGCGGGGCUGGGCCCCCCCAGGCCAGGCGCUGCCCCCCGCCGCGGCCGGCUCCCUGGCGCAGGGCUUUGUACAUAGGACGUGUGUGUAAAUACCCUGGAGCUGCCCCGGGCGGGGGCUUUUGUGAAUAAAUUUACUAAAAAAAAAAAAAAAAGAA